AUGUAUCAUUAUGUUGGUGUUGAAAAUGCAAUUAAAUCGCUCUUGCAAACUAAACAGUUAUCUGCUGAUUGUGUAAAUCUACGACUAAACAUUAAUAUUGAUGGUCUACCAGUUUUUUGCAGCUCAAAUGUGCAGCUAUGGCCUAUUUUAGGUUCUAUUAUUGAAAUAUCUUUAAGUGAUGUUUUUAUUAUUGGGCUCUACUCAGGUACAACAAAACCAUCUUCACCAUGUGCUUAUUUAAAUGAUUUUGUUAUAGAAAUGAAACAUUUGAGUGUUGAAGGUAUACAUUUCUUAGAUAAGCACUAUACAGUUACUAUAAAUGCUGUUAUUUGUGAUGCACCCGCCAGAGCCUUUAUAAAAUGCAUCAAAGGGCAUAGUGGUUAUAAUGCCUGUGAGCGUUGCACACAAGAAGGUGUGUAUUGUUCAAAUAAAAUGACUUUCCCAAAAUUAGACGCACCUUUGAGAACUGAUGAGGCUUUUCUUGCUCACACGGAUGAAGAACAUCAUACUUCAAAUAUGGUAUCUCCGCUUACUGAACUUAACAUUGGCAUGAUUUCUCAGUUUCUUUUAGACUAUAUGCACCUAGUUUGCCUUGGUGUGGUUCGCAAAAUUAUAUGUUUAUGGAUUAAGGGUGAAUACCAAUGUAGGCAGCCAUCAAUUAUUAUUAGCAAAAUAUCAAAAAAUUUGUGUUCCUUGAGAGAAGCAAUGCCAAGGGAAUUUUCUAGGCAACCAAAAUCUUUAUUUGAAUUUAGAAAGUGGAAAGCUACAGAGCUCCGACAGUUUUUGUUAUAUUCUGGAGCAGUUGUACUUCAACUGCCACAACACAUGUAUUAA